AUGACAGCCCCCUUCGUCGCGAACUACAUCGGUCCCGCCUCUACACCUGGUAGCGCACCGCAUCGGUAUGUCUUCUUGCUGUAUGAGCAGCCGGAGGGGUUUGUGGGAGAGAAGUAUGCGCCGCCAGGGGGGGAAGGAGUUGUAGAAUUGGUAUUGGAUGAGCUUUGA